AUGACACCACCGAGCCUCCUGCAGGGGAUAAAACAUCAGCGCUUGAGCAUCUGUCCAAAGCAGUCCACAUUGUUUCUGGUCGGGGAGAGGAGACAAAUCCAAGUGCUCAGAAUGAAUUGCUUGUCACUGCAGCUCCUUGCUUGCCUCUGCGCCCUGCUGCCCUUCACAGCCAGCAGUCCAAUCGACAACAGGGCAGACAUAACUGAAGAGGAGAGCAGGUAUCUUGUGGAAGAUAAUGUUCAGGAGGACGAUUUCAACACCCUGCUGACGAAUAUGAAGGGAGACUUUUUGAAAACUCUCAACUUGUCCGGAAACCUGGACCUGGACGCAUCGAAAAUGGAACCGCCCGAGUACAUGAUCGAGCUGUACAACAGGUUCGCAAACGACAGGACCUCCAUGCCUUCCUCCAACAUCGUGAGGAGCUUCAAGAACGAAGACAUUUCAGUUUCCAACCAAACUAAUGGUGUGAGGAUCCAUUCUCUCCUCUUCAACGUGUCAGUGCCUCACCAUGAAGAAAUCACCAUGGCUGAACUUCGACUGUACACCUUGGUAGAUACGGACAGAAGAAUGUAUGAGGGAGUGGACAGGAAAGUCACCAUCUAUGAAGUGACUGAGCAGCAAAAUGAAGAGAAAGAAGAACAUUCUGGUCUAGUCAAAUUAGCAAAAAGACACAUUGUUGGCAAAGACAGCGGCUGGGAGAUCUUUGAUGUGACAGAAGCCAUCCUGAGAUGGUCAAAAUCUGAGGGGACCACACAUAGACUUCAAGUACACAUUGAAAACAUGGAAGACAAAAAGCAUGAAAAUGGAAAUCUUGACAUAGACAUGAAACCAGAGACUAAACACAUGCCUGUGCUAAUAGUCUUCUCUGAUGAUCGAAACAGCAUGAAGGAAGAAGCGAUUGAAGAGUUGGAGCAGAUGAUUGACCAUGAGCAAGAUGUGACCUUUAAGAACUUGGAUGCUGGAAAUGUUGGCAUCAACUUGAAUGAAGAAACCUUGCUGCAAAGGCGGUCAAACAUGCUCUAUGACACCUCUUCAAGGAUCAGAAGGAAUGCCAAGAUGAGUGCCUGUAAAAGGAGCCCCCUUUAUGUCGAAUUUAAGGAGAUCAAGUGGGAUUCUUGGAUCAUAGCCCCAAAAGGAUAUGAAGCAUAUGAGUGCAAAGGGUCCUGUAAUUACCCACUGACUGAGCAAGUUACCCCAACCAAGCACGCGAUUGUUCAGACUUUGGUCAACCUCCACAACCCUAACAUGGCAGCCAAAGCUUGCUGUGUCCCUACCAAACUGGACCCCAUCUCCAUCCUCUAUUUGGAUGAUGCAGGUGUGGUCACAUAUAAGUUCAAGUAUGAAGGUAUGGUAGUGGCAGAAUGUGGCUGCAGAUAGUACAGAAGUAUGAUUAGAAAAUAACUCUAAUAUAUAUUCAUGUCAAAGUAUUUAAUGACUGUUUGUAAAUGUGUACAUUUUUUAUCUGCCUAUUUAAGAUGCUUAUUUAAGGAUCUGUGUACAGCUAAAUUCUAGAUUUAUAAUGGACUGUGUGUUUAUUGUUUUAAUUGCUGGAGAAGCAGCAUUGUUUAUAAGGUCACAGAAACCAGCUCCAAUGGGAAUUCUUAAUAUGGUCCAGCAAGUUUCACAGACAAUUACAAAGAAGCAGGAAGAAUAUUGAGGAACAUACUCCUUUUCUUUGAAUCAUACAAAUUGCAGCAUUGAAAAAGGUGACUUGGACCUUUGUACCUGUGCUCCACAUUGGAGUCAUAUCCUCAAAUUUAGAAUGUCUGCACUUUUCCCAACAUCCUUGAAUAUUUUUCAAAUGUUAAAUGAAUUGUUAAGUAUCCUUGCAUUUCAACAGCGUUCUGUGUUUUGAUAGUCCUUUACAUGCAAACCAAAUUGUCUAAACCUCUCUUCCCAUUUCUUAGCAAAUGCAUAGCUGAAUUAUUGUGCAUGCUACCGCUUUGUCAUUGUCCCUGGUUCCAAGCUUCGUGAAGGAUGAGGCAAGUUACCUUGUAAUCACAGAUGGUUGGAACCUGUAUUCAUUCGAAGGCGAUGUAAAACUGCUGGAGAAAGAAUCACUGGCUAUUUCAGUGUGGCAAUGUGACUGCACUAUCUCCUGUUGGGUUGCUUCAAGUUGGCUUUUAGAUUUGAAGUCACAAAUUGUAACGGAACUCAGGCAGCCUUUUAAAUCUGCUACCUCGUAGUAUUGCUCUUGAUACAUUCAGUAAGUACAAACACAUUAAAACCUAUAUAAAUGUAUCACUUCAGGCCAGCUUUUCCAAUGUACAAACAUAUGACAAGAGAGAUAACAACAACACUUUGUAUUUAUGUAGAGCCUUCUUUAAGACAGUAAAACAUCUCAGAAGUGUUUCGCAAAAGUGUAACUUGGAUAGAAAUUGACAUCGAGUGAAAAAAGACGAGUUUUGGACUUGUGACCAGAAUCUUUGACAAAGACUUGGAAUUCAAACGGCAUCUAAAAGGAGGACUGAGAAAUGUCAGGGAGAGAAUUAUAGAGCUUGGGGGCUGAGAUAGCUGAAGGCACAGCUGUCAAUGCUGGAGCAAAAGGACCCACAUCAGCCAGAGUUGGAGGAAUACAGAGUGUGCGUACAAUUAUAAGGCUAGAAGAAGAGACUCCUGAGGUGAGGUGCAAAGCCAUGGAGGGAUUUGAACACAAAGAUGGGAAUUUUCAAAUUGAAGUAUUGAUGGGGUAGGAAUUAAUGUAGGUCAGUGAGCAUGGCUGAUGAGUGAACAGGACUUGGUGUGUGUUUUCAAUGAAGUCAAGUUUACGGAGAGUGGAAGAUGGCAGGAGUAUGAGAGCAGGCAGGAGUGGAGCCAGGCAAACGGUCUUUGUGAUGGAUCAGAAGCUCAGGACAAGGUCAAAUAGCACGUCGAGGCUGUUGCACAAUCUGGUUCAGCCUGGGAUAGUGGCCAGAAAGUGGUUUAGAGUUUUUUUACAAGUAUCAAAACAAUAGCUUCAAUUGUCCCAAUGUUUAAUUGGAGGAGAUCUUUGUCUCAUCCUGGACUGGAGGUCAGUCUCACAGUGUAAUAACAGUGAUGAGGUAGAACUGGGUGUUGUAAGUCACCGCACCUGUAGAGAGUGACCUUGUGAUGUGACCGAGGAGCAGCAUGUAGAUGGGACGUAGGAAUGGGCAAGGUAGAUCUUUGAGACAGAGAUCCCUUCCUGAUAAUAAAACAUCUGAAGCCUAAACCAAUAAUGAUCAUACAUAAAAUUAAAACAGAAAAUGCUGGAAAACUCAGCAGGUCAGGCAGCAUCGUGGAGAGAGAAACUGAGUCAAUGUUUCGAGUCUAAUAUGACUCUUCUUCAGAACUUAUAUGUCAGAAUAAUGAUCAUAUGUUCUAAGUAACUGAAAUUAUUACUCAUUUCAAAGUACGUCAAACUAAACUCUUCUGUGUCCUGUUUAUGAGGACGUUCUAAUCUUUUUCCUCCAAAUUUAAAAAUGAGCAUGCAUAUGUAAGUGAAUAUGACUCCCUGCGUGAGUUUCUGUGGCCUUAAUAUUGUUUUUUUGUAUAUAUACUUGUAAAGAUAAGAUGCCUUUGAAUGUAAAACCAUGCGUAGAUUACUCUUUAUUAAACAAAGAGGUAUUGUUUUGAUUCUUAAAGGAUAACUUCACCAUUCUUGGACUAGCUUCAGGAGAUGGUGAGAUUCUGGUCAGGCAUAUUCCUUGCAAAGAGAGACUCUCACUAACAGUGUUGCUUUAACAGUAACAAGAUGAAUGAAACUUUUUCAUGGAAUGUAUUUCAUUCCAUAUGAGAAAAAGAACUGUUUAUGCAAGUGUUAUCAUUCUAUCUGGGCCCUGGCUUGAAGGAAUAAUGAGCAAAAUGGAGAGCAGUCAUAUUUGCCGGACACUGUUAUCAGCUGAGUCCCUGAGUAAAGCGGGCUCCCCGUGACUCCAUCAAGCCAGUUGAUGCCACUACCAUUCAUUGUUUAAACUUUUUAAAUGAUUUCACUUUUGAAAACCUUUCAAAAUGGGCUUUGAUUAUUUUUUGCAAAGCAUGACAAUGGUGAGCCUCCCGUGUAAAACGUGAUUAUAUUGGUCUCUCUGAAUUGUUGUGCACAGUUUGUGUCUUUGGUUCGAGCCACUUGGCUCUGCACAAAGCAUCCUGUUUUUCCCCUUUGCUGAAUCCUCCUUCUCCCCUGUGAAAUGAGGAAUCUAUACUUUGUCUCUUUCCUCCACCAACUAAUUGUCCAUUUCAUGCAUGAAUGUUACAUCUCAAGCCAGAAUAAUGUUUGAAUUCCACGUUUAUCUGAAAGAACGAUGAUAAUUGAAUUUUUACUGUGUUUUUAAAGAUUCAAUUUGUCUGUACAAUCAGAAACUGUUGGGCUUCAUCCAAACUGGUCAUUGCUAUAAAGGUAUUUGUCAUUUUUGUUAAGUCUGCUAUUUCCUUGCUAAUCAAACUUGUGUGAAAAAAAACCUGUGGUCACACAUAAGCGACAUUGCCUGUGUGCCUCCAACCUUGAACGUUGGUUCUCAUCUCAUUGGAAUAUCAGAUUAGUGGGCUAUUCUUGAAUGGGGAAAACAAGAAAAGGAAUGUGAAUAGAUCACACAUUAUGAUAAUUUAAAUCCACCCUGACCCAAAAAAUGCCAUUGUGUCAUUGUGAAGCACGUGGUGUGUGACCUCCCCUUCCUUCCAAGGGAUGUCAAAGGGCUGCUUUCAUCAAGUUACAUCAUUUCCCUUUCUCCAAGUUGAGAGGUUUGCAUUAGAUGGCCACAUUUAAACCCACCCACUGCUCCCCUGACAACAGAACAGUCUUCAGUGUGGCCCAGAGUCAUUGAUCAUGCUAAGUUUAGUGCAGCUUCAGAUGGUCGCUGUGCUAAUUGUUAUUAUUAUUCUGGUUAUUAUGAGAGUCUAGAACCAGGGAACCCAGUUUCAAAAUAAAGGGGAAGCCACUUAGGAUCGAGAUGAGGAGAAGUGUUUUUACUCAGAUGAUUGUGAACCUUUGGAAUUCUCUACCCCAGAGGGCUGAGGAUGACCAGUCACUAUGUUUAAAACAGAGAUUGACAGAUUUCUAAGUACCAAUGACAUAAGGGGAUAUGGGGAUAGUGUUGGAAAAAGGCAUUGAAGUGGAUGACUAGCCAUGAUCAUAUUGAAUGGUGGAGCUGACUCAAUGGGCUGAAUGGCCUACUCCUGCUCCUAUUUCCUUUGAUUAUUAAUUCAUCUUGGAUAUCUUGCAUUUGAACCUUGCUUGUCCACCUGUUUCUGAACUGUCCCUUCAGCCAGUUUUCAAUGCCUUCUGUCCUGUCACAUGCACUUCCUGAACACUGCCAACGUGGUAGCUAUAAAGCCCAAGAUAAGAAGGCGUGAGAGCUGAGAAACAUUGGACCCUGUCACUUUAUUUAUACUGAGCUGCAAAGUUGUCAGAUUCUUGGAGAAGUGUGACUGACGUGAACGCUGCUGGUCCCAACUGUACUGACUCUCAACAGUUUUACACAUGUAGGGUAAAGCUAUCUCCCCUGGGUGAUAAGAAAGCAGCUUCUGAAGAACUCCAUUGCACAAUUUGUGUGAGAUGGCCUGAAGCACUUUGCUGAAUAUCAGCCCAAAGUAAUCCCAGAUAUGUGUACUCGAAACAUUGGCAUUCUGCACUAUUUUUAUUGGAUGCUGCAAUUCACCAAUGUAAUAUUGGUCAAAAACACUCUGAGCAAAGAUCUAUUUCUUUUCAUGUUGAUUUUAAAACUAAAACCUCGGUGUUUUUAAACUGUUAAAAUAUAUCUCCUAUGAAUUUGGAUCAUUAGCAUAAAGGUUUCCAAUUCAAAGUUGAAAAUGGUGUAACCUCUGUUUCGACAGUCACCCAGAUUUUGGGGCAAUUUAUUUAUUCUAUACUUUCCUUUUUGGUGCACUCCCCGAUAAGCUGCAAUCAUGGGCAGAAUUUUACAUCCUCUCCCACCGGUUGGAUCUUCCAGUCUCGGCAAAGUCAAUGGACUUUUGAACGGCUCGCCACGCUUUCUGGCCUCACCCCCGACUCCCCCACUCCCGUAAAAUUCCAUCCCAUAAGAAAUGGUGAAGCCCAUGUCAGACUUCAAAACAGACUUUGUGCUCAGUUUUUGCAAUUGAGUGGAACCUUGGAAUUUUGGCUUGCAAAAGCUCCUUGUGUUGGUAAAUUUUGCAGGGGGUGGGAUUCAUGGGGUCAGUGCUGCAGGGAGUGAGAUUCGUGGGGUUCGUGCUGCAGGGGGUGAAAUUGUCACUGUGAAACAGAUUUGGGGGCACACUCAAUCAGCUGGUGUUACCAACGGACAGAUAUUCAACAGGUUCAACCCCAGUUAGGUUUGUGUACUAUAGAAUAUCAUAUGGAUGGGUUAAGCCCAACAGUAAUUUCUAUCCUGUCCUUAUUUAAUCAGUCUGCUACAGAUGGUCAGCUAGCAGACUGUGUGAGGAAAGGCCUGUUUAUAAAACAUCAUAUAUUUAUUGAGUUUUUUUUAUUUUUGAGACUUGUUUAAAUAUCAGCUGUAAGUUAUUAAAUGUAAAUUGAUUUAUUUGGAAUGAAUUAUCAAAGAUGUAAGAUGAGAGAUCUUUAUUCUGGAUAUAAGUAACAGCAUUAACUGUCUGAUGUGCACUGUUUUGAUAUAAAAUCUGUUUUAAAAGAAAA